AUGUCAGGCACUAACUCAGAUAUGCUGAAUCAGAAUCUGAAGUUUGAGGAGAUGCCUAGAGUCCGGGGCCCCGACCGAGGUUUACACAAGCGGGAUUUGGGACUGGGGCCCCGGAAUGCAAACGUUCAAAGCUCGGUUUUGGACCCGCUACUCCUCACAGGCCUUCCCGCCGGUCUGACAGUUCAGGCGGUAAUCCCGGGGCGCUCCGCCAGGGGGCGCGGAAGCGCGCGGAGCGGCUUCCGGGUGAGGCGGUGCGAGGAGCGGGCGGGGCGGGGCGUGACCCGGAAGCUAACGGCGGGGUCCGCCCUUCGCGCUGCGGGAGGCGGCCUCGUACCGGGCCACAGAGCUGCAGCCGCCCUUCGCGCCCUCCCGGCCGACACCAUGCUCCAGUUCCUGCUUGGAUUUGCUUUUGGCAACGUGGUUGGAAUGUAUCUGGCUCAGAACUACGACAUACCAAACCUGGCUAAAAAACUUGAAGAUAUUAAAAAGGACUUGGAUGCCAAGAAGAAACCUCCUAGUUCAUGAGGCCGACUCCAGUACUGCCUUCUGGAUGUACUGAUUCUGCUGCUCUUGAGGGCCUCCUUUGCUAUCUCAACCAAAAGCUUUUGUUUUCAUCUCCAGCCUCAGCGAGUUUCUUCUUUGCUGGACCCUGUGUUGCCUUAGAGCACAAGUGGAGCCGCAGUUAAGAACUACCCUACUUUUCCAGCAUCCUCACCUCUGCCCUUCCUCCUUCCAGCCUCUUGGGAGGUCCUAAGACUGGAAUUAUGGUGCUAGAUUAGUAAACAUGACCUUUAAUUAGUCUCCCCUUAUUCUUUGGAUCUCUGCUACCUGUUUUCAAAAGAGAAAUUGAUGAGUUUUAUAUAGCUGAUUAGAUAUAAAUGAUGCUGAUUUCACAGUUUAGCAAGUAUAAUGGGUGUUUAAACUUUUGGUACUAAAUUAUGUUGUUUCAAAGUAAUUAAAAUUAAAAUCUAGAAGCCAGUUUCUAGUGAAUUAUCUAUUUUUUUAUACUGUUGUCAGGCAGCUCCAUAGUUGCUAAUUUAACCAGUAAAUCGUUUUGCUAUGCAUUAACCGAGAAACUAUAUUCUGAGAACCCUGUCAGGAACUGGGGAAUUUAAAUAUACAUAAAAUGAUGGCUUUUGUCCUCAGAAGUCAUAGUCUAGUAUGCAUGUUUUUCCAUAAUGAUGCAUUUCAUCUGGCUCUCUUCCCUCAAAAGAAUCAUACUUGUUUUAAGGGAUUACAGGUGCAUUUGAUAUUACAUGGUGGAUACAUGAGAAGUUGUCUAUAAAGGAAAUGUUAUGCCUUUUCACAUUUAAAGAAAUGUAUGUACAUUAUAACUUUAGAGUGAUUCUUAUAAGAAAACUUUCUUUUUUGUUUUUUUCUGCAGUCAGAAAUUACCCUUGUAUUUGUCAAACAUAGAAUCAGUCCAUAUUUUUUUAAUUGGAAAAAAAGGUUUAAAUUAACUUUUUCCUCCAGGUCAAGAUACAAAAGUGUUUUAAGGGCCCUCCCCCUCCCCGUCCUCCAGUGCUGUCCCCAGUUUCCUGUAUACUCUGAGAAAGAUUCUGUGCCUAAACAAACACACGUUGCAUGGGGGUUUAUACAGAUAACAAGCUAUAUACAAUGUUUGCCCUUUGCCUUUUUUUAAAAUGGAGAUCAUUCCAUAUCAGUAUGUAAGGAACAAAGAACCUCUUUCCUUUUUUGGCUACAUAAGGUUCUAUUGAAUGGAUAUACCAUAAUUAAUUUACUUUGCUCCUAAUGAACAUUUAGGUUAUUUCCUUUCUUUUGCUUUUACAGUGAUAACCUUGAACAUAAUGUUAUUAUGCAUAUCUGGGCGGGGUAUAGCUAUAAGCUAAAGUCCUAAAAGUGUAAUUUCCACUAAAUAUAGAUAAAGUCCCACUUCAGUGGGUGUUUUGUUUCAGAAGGCUUUUUGGGCAGCUUCACUGGUAAUGCCAUUUCUGAAGACACUUUAGCAGAAACAGUAACCUGGAAGAAUUAGUUAGAGACACCUUUUUUCAGACAGUGAUGACACUAAUGCUAUAUGUGAUUAUAAAAUAAAGUGAUUCUGCGUCUCUUUGAAAACAUGGAUCUCUCAUAUAUGGAGAUAACUUUUAUCCCUAUCAGGGCAUCCUGGGUGUGAGAUAGAUUAAGAUCAUAGUAUGGUUUGGCUUCUCUCUAGCAGUGUGAUCAUAGAAAAGCAGCUUAUUUUUCUGAAACUGUUGUAUUCUCUGUAAGAUGUGGAUGCAAUACCUACCUCAUAGGGCUUCCAUGAGACACAGUUAAGAUAAUGUAUGUGAUGUGUUGCACAGUGCUUUGCAAAUUGUCCAAUAAAUAGUAGAUAUUAGUCCAA